UUGGGGUGUCUGCGCCGCAGAAGCUUCACCGAGGGGCCGGAACACUCUGUCCUCCUACCGAAAAGUGGGGACCCAGGAGGCAGCAUGCGUCGAGGCUGGGCCGUCCCCCUGCUCCUGCUGACCGUCCAGGCUGCGCCCUGUGUCCUUGGCAGCCCUCAAACCCAGGACAUGGACUCUUCAGGCUCAGGAUGCCCCAGCCUUGACUGCUACACAGAUUACCUCCAGACGGUCACCUGCCUCCUGGAAACGGGUCCCAUCCACCCAGACGUGCUCACCCUCACCUGGGAAGACCCGAACGGAGAACUGGAGGACGAAGUCACCUCCUGCAGCCUGCGGGCCACCGCCCACAGCACCACGCACACGCGGUACGUGUGCCACAUGGACGUGUUCCGCUUCCUGCCUGACGACUCCUUCAGCGUCACCGUGACGGGCUCCUGGAACACGUGUGAAUGGGGCCGCUUCAUGCUGGCCGAGAGAAUCCAGCCUCUGCCCCCGGUCAACUUGAGCAUGGCCUUCUCCGGCAGCUACACGGUGUCCUGGAGCUGCCCCUGUGACUCGGCGCCCUGGCCCGCCCCCCUCAGGGACCAGCUGCAGUUUGAGCUGCUCUACAGCAUCCGGGGGGACCCGGGGGAGCCCAGGAGGAAGCUGGUGUCGGUGAACGCCAGGAACGUCUCCCUCCUGCCCCUGGAGUUCCGCCCGGGCUCCAGCUACGAGCUGCGGGUGCGGGCAGGGCCCCUGCCCGGCUCCUUCUUCUCCGGGACCUGGAGCGAGUGGAGCGCGCCCACCACCUUCCACACCCUGCCCGCAGGGGGACCCGGCCUGCGGGGGGAUCUGCGGCUGUGCCUCAUCCUCCUCUUCGUCGUGCCCGUCCUGGUCUUUUUGGGCCUGAAGUUCUUCCGGCCUUGGAGGCUGACCAAGGCCGUGCCCAGCCCGGAGCACUUCUUCCUGUCCCUGUACAAGGCGCACGGCGGGGACUUCAAGAAAUGGGUGGGCACCCCCUUCACUGCGUCCAGCCUGGAGCUGGACCCCUGGAGCCAGGGGCCGCCGUCAUCGCUGGAGCCCUACAGCAGCUGCCUGGGGGCCGGCAAGGGCGCAGAGGCCGCGGCGCCGCCCCCCGAGCCCGAGGAGCCGGACGGGGCGCGCGUGGACGCCCACAGCCCCGAGCGCGACCGGCCCUACGGGCUGGUGUCCAUCGACACGGUGACCGUGGUGGACGCCGAGGGGCCCUGGGCCUGCGCGCGCGCGGAGGACGGCUACCCCGCGCUGCGCCUGGACACGGGCCCCGCGGUACGGCCGCUGGACGCCGCCGUCCUGGCCUGCGGCUGCGUAUCGGACGAGGCCCCCGCCCGGCCGGGGGUCGCGCUGGACAGCCUCCUGGGCCGCCUGAAGAUGGCCCCGUGGGCCGAGGCGGGCUCCCCGCCGGCCAGCCCGGACACGGACACGCUGGACAGCGGCUUCGCGGGCUCCGACUGCGGCAGCCCCGUGGACGGGCCGCAGGCCGAGGGCGCCCCCCGCAGCUACCUGCGCCAGUGGGUGCUGCUGGACCCCCCGGCCGGCGAGUGAGGGGCUGCCCCGGCAGGGUCGCGCGCUGUGGCCGGGGGUCCAGGGCGCGGGGCCCGCGGUGGGGCUCAGACCACACAUUGCCCCCCACAAGUGGUGUGGCCCCGGGGGCCUGGCGAGAGGCUGGACCCGGCCGCGACCACCCUCUGCCGCCCCUUUCGUGGGGUGGGACUGCACGGGACCCUCCUGGGAAGGCAGGGGGCCCCGAUCACAGCGGAGCUUCCUGGACGCAUCCCCCUCCCCCCCAGGGUCUGCAUCUCCCCGAGGGCCCUGCAGGGACAGGGGGUGCCUGACCUUGCUGGGGACGGACGGGCAGGGACCCCCCCAAGUGUGCAGCCUGGGAGACCUCAAUAAAGUUCCCUUCCUC